AUGAAUCAGCAAAGAACUCCCGCCGGUGGGCUUUCAGUCGCGCUCGUACCUGCCGACGUCCUCAGCGGCGGCUUCAACGCGGCCCGCGGCUUCGUGGGGGCAGCAGCUCAGCCGUACCGGGGCGCUGGCUCUUCCAGCUUUUCCGCAGGUGGUGGGUCGUCCUCUACGGCGGCUGGAUUUGGUUCAGACAAUGGUGUCGACAAGAAAUUCGAGAAAAUUAUUAUUGAUACAGAUCCUGGUAUUGAUGAUAGCAUGGCAAUACUAAUGGCAUUUCAGUCACCGGAUUUAGAGAUAUUAGGAUUAACGACGAUAUUUGGUAAUGUCACUACAGAAAAUGCCACGCGUAAUGCGUUGGUUCUGUGCGAGCUUGCCAGACGUGUAGAUGUGCCUGUGGCAGAGGGAAAUCAUGAACCAUUGAAGAGAGGACCACCACGUAUUGCAGACUUUGUUCACGGUUCGAAUGGAUUAGGGGACAUCUCCAUUUCUCUUCCAAAAUCGAAGAAAUCCAAAAAAUCGGCAUCCGAAUUUUUAGUCGAUAAAGUCUCUGAAUAUCCUGGUGAAGUUUCUAUACUUGCAUUGGGGCCUCUUACAAAUCUCGCGCUAGCUGUAAAGAGGGACUCUUCAUUUGCAAGCAAGGUGAAGAGAAUCGUGAUACUUGGCGGGGCUUUCUUUGCCUUAGGAAAUGUUAAUCCUGCUGCUGAAGCAAAUAUAUAUGGGGACCCAGAAGCUGCAGAUAUUGUAUUCACCUCGGGGGCAAAUAUCGAUGUUGUUGGCAUCAAUAUCACGACCCAAGUCAAAAUGACAGAUGUGCACUUAGAUGAGCUGAGGAGAUCAGAAGGAAGGCAUGCCAAGUUCAUAUGUGAUAUGUGCAAGUUUUAUCGCGAUUGGCAUGUGAAAUCAGACGGUGUUCACGGUAAUUUCCUUUGUAACUUCUUUUCGGGGGAAAAAGUGAAAACGCAUUUUGGGUCCUCUUAUAUGAAUAACUAUAAGCACUGCCCUUAA